AUGAAAAAAAAGAAAAAUGUAUCACAAAUAGCGACAAUAACAACAACAACAAUAACAACAGCAGUAGAAACAACAGAAGCAGCAACAACAACAGAAGAAUUAUCAUUUACUUCUGUGUCAAAUAAUAAUUAUCUCAAAUGGAAACUAGAUUCUUCUAUUGUUGUCGCACAGGGGCCUGCAGAAGACUCAUAUUAUGUUAGUCGAGUUCGAGGAAUCUAUAUUGAUGAUGAUAAUCAGACGAUUUAUAUUACUCGACAUAAUAGUAAUCGAGUUAUUGGAUGGAAAGUCGGUGAAGAAAGUGGUGAAACCGUUGCUGGUGGAAAUGGACCAGGAGAUGAUUUAAAUCAAUUGCAAGAUCCAUCAGAUGUAACUGUUGAUAAAAAAAAUGAUUUACUUAUUAUUUGUGAUCAAGGAAACGACCGUGUAGUACAAUGGUCUCGUCGAAAUCAAACAGAUCCAAAAGUAAUUAUCGGCGAAAUUAAAUGUCAGGGUGUAACAAUCGAUAAUAAUGGAGACAUUUAUGUUUCGGAAGGAAAAACACAUAGUGUUAUACGAUUAAAGCAAGGAGAAACAGAGGUAACAACUGUAGCCGGUGGAAAAGGAUCUGGAUAUAAUUCAAAUCAACUAAAUAAUCCUGCCUAUAUUUUUGUUGAUGACCAAUAUUCGAUUUAUGUAUCUGAUUAUCAAAGUGGUCGUGUCACAAAAUGGAUAAAAAAUGCAAAAGAAGGAAUUAUUAUUGCUAAGGAACGAUUUACAGAUAAUAAUCAAGAAUUGCAUUAUUUUCCGUUUGGAAUGGCUGUCGAUCAUUUUGGUAAUGCAUAUGUGUCAGAAUUAUUGGGAAGUCGAAUAGUGGGCUGGUCAGAAAAGUCUAAAGAAUGUUACGUUAUUAUGAAUGGAGGAAGUUGGGAACAACCACCAUAUUUGUUCGCUGCAGUCGGAGCUAUAUCAUUAGAUCGAGAAGGGAAUCUAUAUGUCGUUGAUAAUUUCUUUCAUCGAAUAGUGAAGUUUGAUGUUGAUGUUAAUUAA